AUGGAUUCAACAUUAGGUGGAGGUGGUGCAUCAGAGCCUAGCUCCGGGGAGGGUCCGUCGGCGACUGGCGGAGGAGGAGGUGAAGGAUCGUCGGCAGCGCCACCGAGUCGGUAUGAGUCACAGAAGCGGAGAGAUUGGAACACUUUCCUACAGUACCUCAAGAACCACAAGCCCCCUUUGACACUUGCAAGGUGUAGCGGAGCUCACGUAAUCGAGUUCCUCAAGUACCUAGAUCAGUUUGGGAAGACAAAAGUGCACCUAUCUGGCUGUGCCUACUUCGGUCAUCCAAACCCACCUGCCCCUUGCGCGUGUCCUCUCAAGCAAGCAUGGGGCAGCCUUGACGCUCUCAUCGGACGGCUUAGGGCGGCUUACGAGGAGAACGGUGGAAGACCUGAGUCGAACCCUUUUGGUGCGAGAGCCGUGAGGAUAUAUCUUAGAGAGGUAAGGGAAGGGCAAGCCAAGGCUAGAGGGAUUCCUUAUGAAAAGAAGAAGCGGAAAAGACCCACCACCACCACGGCGGCGACGGCGACGGCGACGGCGAAUGCUUCCACAGCAGCACCGGCACAAGGGGUCGCUGAUAGUGGUGGUAAUAAUAGUACUAGUGGUGCUGGUGGCUCUUCAGAAGCUGGGGCUUCUACUGUUGCUCCAUCCACUACUACCGUAUAGCUUCUACUAAAUUCUUCCCAUCUUUUGUAUAUUUUCACUACUAGUUUUGAGUUUCUUAUUAUUAUAUGUGGCAAUUUUCCCUAAUGAUUUGAUCUAUCCAUGAUCCAUCCAUGAA